AUGGCCGACAACGCAGAGGGCACCGCCGAUGCCCAGGUCACCUUCAAGGUGAAGACGGGCCAGGAUAGCAACCAUACCAUCACCAUGUCUGAAUCUGCCUCCGUACUCGACCUCAAGACCAAAUUGGCCGGCGAAGAUUUCGAGAACGUUCCCGUCGAGCGCCAGCGUCUUAUCUACUCUGGUCGCGUAAUGAAGAACGACGACACUCUCGCCACCUACAAGAUCAAGCCCAACAACACCAUCCACAUGGUCAAGAGCGCAGCCAGUAACCCAGCUCCUCAGCCCGCAACUUCAGCCUCCACGCCUGCCGCACCCGCCGUGCCCUCCAACAUGGCCGCUGGCACUGCCAACAACAUUCUCGCUGGCCUCACCGGAGCCAGAUACGCCGGACACAUCAACCUGCCCAGUCGCGAGACAUUUGGAGCUGACGGAGGAAUGGGUGCCCCGCCAUCCGACGACCAGUUGGCCCAGAUGCUCUCCGAUCCCUCCAUGCUCCAGACCAUGAACGCCGCCCUCGACAACCCCGACUUCAUCAACUACAUGAUCCAGAGCAACCCACACCUGCGCAAUGUCCCCAACGCACGAGAGAUCAUCCAGUCGCCAUUCAUGCGCCAGAUGAUGACCAACCCAGACAUGCUUCGCAAUGUCAUGAGAAUGCAGCGCAACAUGGCCGGCGGAGGCGGCAACGCUGCCUUCCCUGCGCCUGGCGCCACCGACACUACUCCUGCCGAAGCUGCGGCUGCCGGCGGCAACACGGGUCAGCCCCCCAACCCGUUCGGCUUCCCCGCAGGUUUCCCAGGCUUUGGUGGCGGCGCUGGUGGAAUGGGCAUGGAGGGACUCGGUGAUCUCAGUGCGCUCUUUGGCCCUGGUAGUCCAUUUGCGCCUCAGCAACCCGGUGCUCAAGGUGCAGCUCCCGGUGCGGGAGCGGCGACUGGCGAUAGUGCCCAGACUACAGCUGGUGCCGGAGCUACUGGGACGACAGGCACGGCAGCAGGUGGACAGGGCGCAAACUCUACAACGAGUCCACCUCCGGCCAACCCCUUUGCUGCUCUGUUCGCCCCUCCUCCUUACGCAGCUCAGGGCCAAGCUCAGGGUCAAGGCCAAGGCCAGGCACCCGCAAACCCCUUUGGCGCCUCGCCCUUUGGUCAGAUCAACCCAGAGAUGAUGCAGCAGAUGAUGAGCAUGUGGGGUCUCGGUGCAGGCGGCGGUGCUGGUGGAGGCUCUCCGGCUCCCCCAGACAACCGUCCCCCCGAGGAGCGUUAUGCCGAGCAACUGCGCCAGCUCAACGAUAUGGGCUUUUUCGACUUCGAUAGGAACGUAGCCGCUCUGCGUCGUAGCGGUGGCAGCGUGCAAGGCGCGAUUGAGCAUCUUCUGAGUGGCCCGCACAUCGUGGCCCAGUCGCCGCCGGGCUGCAUCACCACGCCGCCCCCCGGCUCUGGGGCGACGGCCGCGAUGAAGCCGCCGCUCAUCGACUGGGAGGUGAUGCAGGAGUACAUUGUGCCGCGCAAGGCCUUUUUCAACCGGUACAUGACGGUGCAGGACCCCGAGGGCAAGUACGCGGUGCUGGGGUUCCCCGUGCUGAUCCCGCACCAAAAGUACCAGCGCAACGAGUUCAUCUUCAACUUUGGGCUGGUGCUGGACGCCGACGCGGAUUUGGCGCAGUAUGAGCCCGUUGUGCGGCGGUUGGCGGUCACGUUCAAGGAGAUGGAGAAGCAGAAUGAGUAUUUGAGCCAGGAGGGCAGCGGUGGAGGGUCAGGAGCGGCUGGGAUGAGGGAGAGGAGGCCGAUUGAGAGUUUGUUGGAGAUUGUCAAGGAGGAUUUGAACAACUAUGGCGAGUGCAUGAUUCCUGUUGACGACGCAAACACCAUCAACAUGAAGCUCUUCCCGCACCACGCCAGCCCGCCCCAGGUCCGCGGCUGGCACGUCCCCGUCGCCAAGAUGAAAUUCGCCGAGAUCGUCGACCAGACCUGGGACCUGACGAUGCAGAAAGUCGUCGCGCACAUUGACGGUGUGAACGACGUCCGCCGCAUCGCCUGGCUCGCCGACGUCUCGCUCGACCUCGCCACGCUGGCCCUCCGCCACCUGCUGUACUACGACACCGUCCUGCUGCUCGACAUGUUCUUCUUUGGCAGCUGCUACGCGCCCCGCCCCGGGAUACACGACUUCGUCGCGGACCGGGACGGGAUCGUGGACGAGUGCGCGGCGUACGUGUGCAUCCACGCCCGGCAGCGCGUCAGCAACUUUAUGCUCAUCAAGCUCAUGACGAGCUUCUGUGUGGGCAAGAGCGUGAUGGAGUGGCUGCGCACGCACCAGGAGGCCGGGUUCGACGUGCUGAGGUACGUGGACGUCAGGCGGCUGGUGCAGUUUGGCGUCAUCAAGGGGUGCCUGUACCGCGUGCACAAGUACGUCGUGUCCAAGCAGUACCUCGCGGGACUAGCGACGGGCCAGGCGCGGCCCAGGGCUGGUGGCGGGGGAGGAGGCGACGCGCUGCAGGUGUAUACGGACGGGUGUCACUCGUUUGACCAGAUUAUUACGGAGAAGAAUCUCACGGAUGGGGAGAUUAUGGAGAAGCUCAAGGCUUUGCCGGUGCCGAGCGGGGAUCUGACUGUGUUUUAUCGUUGA